CGGAGCGGAAGGCAAACCCUCCCCGCUGCCGCGCCGCCCCGCCGCCUCCUUUCCUCUUCUACCUCCGUUCCGUCCGGCUUCUCCCGCUCGCUGCUCCCCCAGACACCGCCGCGUACGAGCCCCAGCACCUCCCCUUCGAGGAUGAGCCGCAGCCUCGGGAUCCCGGUGAAGCUGCUUCACGAGGCGGCGGGCCACGUCGUCACGGUCGAGCUCAAGACCGGCGAGGUCUACCGCGGCGCCAUGGUCGAGUGCGAGGACAACUGGAACUGCCAGCUCGACAACAUCACCUUCACGGCAAAGGACGGCAAGGUGUCGCAGCUGGAGCACGUCUUCAUCAGGGGGAGCAGGGUCAGGUUCAUGAUCAUACCCGACAUGCUCAAGAACGCCCCCAUGUUCAAGCGCCUCGAGGCCAGGAUUAGGGGUAAAGGCUCAGCUGUUGGUGUUGGCCGUGGCCGCGCGGUCGCCAUGCGUGCUCGGGCUGCUGCUGGUCGUGGUGGUGGUCCUGUAGGACGGGGUGGCGCACCCCCUGUGAGGAGGUAGAUUUGUCUGAAAGUUGAUGGUGCACACUGUUGUGUUUGCACCUUAGUUAUGAAAUUGCUUGUAAGGUAGCUUAUGUGUAAUCUCUACAGGACGAUGGUUUGUGUUUACUGAGAGAAUGGGUGAAUGACUCUGGUACCUUUGACCCGUGGUGUAUUGCUCUAUUCUCUUGACUUGGGUGAUGAGAAGACUUCAAAUAGUAGGGAUGCAGGUUUUGUUUUCA